AUGACCAGUAGCGAAAGCAAUGACCAGUAUCAUGACUUAUCAAAUGAUAGCAUUACUGGAACAGCUAACCCAGCAGCUAUCCCAUUACACAGAGAAAUCGAGCCUUGGAUCCACCGAUUCAGAGCUGAGGGCACCGUUGAUUAUUCACAGCUGACCUUUGACCCCGGCCAGAACGAACUAAUCGUGGGUGCAAGAAAUCAUCUCUUCAGGCUACAUUUAGAGGAUCUUUCAUUGAUCCAGGAGGCAGAAUGGCAUUGCGAUGAGUUUACCAAAGGAGCCUGUUUCAGUCGAGGCAAAUCAGAGGAGGAGUGCCAGAAUUACAUCCGUGUUCUACUCAUCAACGGCGACAGGCUGUUUACAUGUGGAACUAAUGCAUUCACUCCAAUUUGCACCAAUCGCACGCUGACUAACCUGACCGAGGUCCAUGAUCAAAUCAGUGGGAUGGCACGGUGCCCCUAUAACCCUCUGCAUAAUUCCACUGCCCUCAUCACUUCCAGCGGGGAGCUGUAUGCCGCCACAGCUAUGGACUUUUCCGGCAGGGACCCAGCAAUCUACCGCAGCCUAGGAGGACUUCCACCUCUGCGUACUGCUCAAUACAACUCCAAAUGGCUCAAUGAGCCCAACUUCGUUUCCUCCUAUGACAUCGGCAACUUCACCUACUUCUUCUUCCGUGAGAAUGCCGUGGAGCAUGACUGCGGCAGGACGGUGUUCUCUCGUGCCGCCCGCGUCUGCAAGAACGACAUCGGGGGCCGUUUUCUGCUGGAAGACACCUGGACCACCUUUAUGAAGGCCAGGCUUAAUUGCUCACGGCCGGGUGAGAUUCCAUUCAACUACAACGAGCUGCAGGGAACCUUUUUCCUGCCUGAACUCGAGCUUCUCUAUGGGAUUUUCACCACUAAUGUCAACAGCAUUGCCGCAUCAGCAGUGUGCGCCUUCAAUCUGAGCGCUAUUACCCAAGUGUUCAGUGGGCCUUUCAAGUACCAGGAGAACUCCCGCUCCGCUUGGCUGCCCUACCCCAAUCCCAACCCUGACUUUCAGAACAACAGCAUUGCCGCAUCAGCAGUGUGCGCCUUCAAUCUGAGCGCUAUUACCCAAGUGUUCAGUGGGCCUUUCAAGUACCAGGAGAACUCCCGCUCCGCUUGGCUGCCCUACCCCAAUCCCAACCCUGACUUUCAGGAGCCCCUAGAUUACGGCUCCUAUGUGAACUUGACGGAGAGGAAUUUGCAGGAUGCCCAGAAGUUCAUUCUGAUGCACGAGGUGGUGCAGCCCGUCGUUCCUGUGCCGUACUUCAUGGAGGACAAUGUGCGCUUCUCCCAUGUGGCUGUGGAUGUAGUGCAGGGCAAAGACAUGCUCUAUCACAUCAUUUAUCUAGCAACAGAUGCCCAACUUGAUCACCCCCCCCCCCCUUCGCUGAACCAGACCAUGGGCAGCUGUUUGCUGGAUGAGAUUGAGCUUUUCCCCACAAAGAAGAGGCAGCCAAUCCGCAGCCUGCUCAUACUCCACAGUCGCAGUGAGCUAUUUGUGGGAGUCAGAGAUCUGGUCAUCAAAAUCCCCCUGAUGCGCUGCAACUUCCACAAGUCUAGAGAUGCCUGUGUGGGGGCCAGGGAUCCGUACUGCGGCUGGGAUCUAGUGCUCAAGAAAUGCACCACCCUGGAAGAAAGCGUCAGCAUGAGCCAAUGGGAACAAAGCAUCACACGGUGUCCUGUGAGGAACGUGACUGUGGAUGGUCAUUUUGGAGCCUGGUCAGGAUGGAAAGCUUGCAGUCAUAGUGAUGGCGGCAGUGUUGGUUCAUGCCAGUGUCGGACUCGAGCGUGUGACAGCCCGAGCCCUCAGUGUGGAGGGCAGCCGUGCCAAGGAAUCAGUGUUGAGGUGGCCAACUGCUCCAGAAACGGGGCAUGGACGCCAUGGACGGCAUGGGCUCCUUGCAGCACCAGCUGUGGGAUCGGAUUCCAGGUCCGACAGCGUUCCUGCAGCAACCCCACUCCCCGCCAUGGAGGACGUGUUUGUGUGGGCCAGAACCGGGAAGAGAGAUACUGCAAUGAGCACCUGCCCUGCCCCCCACAUGUCUAUUGGUCAGCAUGGUCUCCAUGGGAACGUUGCACAGUUCCAUGUGGCGGUGGGAUCCAGUCGCGACGACGAACGUGCGAGAAUGGAAACGAAUGCCCUGGAUGCAGCGUUGAAUUCCAGUCUUGUAAUACCCUCCCUUGCCCGGAUCUAAAGAAGACCACUCCCUGGACCCCAUGGACGCCAGUGAAUAUCUCAGAUAAUGGCGGGCACUAUGAGCAGCGGUUCAGGUACACCUGUAAGGCGAGAGUACCAGAGCCCAGCCUGCUGGAAGUAGGGAGACAGCGGAUUGAGAUGAGGUACUGCUCCAGCGACGGUUCCACGGGAUGCUCCACAGAUGGAGAUUUGCUGCGUUCUGGACGGAUCACUGGAUUGACCAUAAAUGGAGGCUGGUCUGCCUGGGGGCCUUGGAGCCAAUGUAGUCAGGACUGUAGCUCAGGUGUCCGAAACCGCAAACGCACCUGCUCCAACCCCAAACCCAAAUAUGGAGGAAUCACCUGCCUCGGUCCUGCCCAAGAGUUCCAGGAGUGCAAUACUACGCCAUGUCCAGUGGAUGGGAGCUGGUCGUGCUGGUCACCUUGGUCUAAAUGCUCAGUGACAUGCGGAGGAGGCCACUACAUGCGCACACGCACCUGUAACAACCCUCCACCUGCCUACGGAGGUGACAUCUGCCUGGGUUUGCAUACUGAAGAAGCCCUCUGCAACAUCCAACCCUGCCCUGAGAGCUGGUCUGAUUGGUCCGAAUGGUCCCCCUGUGACUCAUCAGGGUCUCAGGUUCGCCUGCGGCAUUGUGACGCCCUGUUUCCCACCGGCAACCAGCGCUCAGGCAACAGCAGUGAAACUCGUGCCUGCCUGCCCAUCUCCAACUUCAUCCCAGAAACGUCUGUUGCACAUUCAAGUCAGGAGGAAAGAUGGUGUGGAGACUUCAAUGUGUUCCACAUGAUCGCCGUGGGCCUGAGCAGCUCCAUACUCGGCUGUCUGGUGACCCUACUGGUGUACACUUACUGUCAGAGAUACCAGCAGCAGUCCCAUGAUGCCACGGUCAUCCACCCCAUCUCCGCCGCCCCGCUCAACACCAGCAUCACCAACCACAUCAACAAACUGGACAAGUACGACUCAGUUGAAGCCAUUAAGGCUUUCAAUAAGAAUAACUUGAUCCUGGAGGAAAGAAAUAAGUAUUUCAACCCUCAGCUAGCAGGAAAAACAUAUACCAACGCAUACUUCACUGACGUCAACACUUAUGACGACUUUUAAAAAUGGAUCUGUGAUUCCAGUAAUCUUCAUCACAUUAACUUCAGCACCUAGUGAUUUUAAUUUUUGCCUCUUUUUCUCCAUGGGUUACCCGGAUAAAUAAAAAGACAUUUUACGUGGGACCGUUUUACUAGCAAAUGCCAAUAAAACUGUACAGAACCAUUUUCACAGUUAACAAGGACAUCAUGCUCUCCAGUUGUGCGGACAUCAUUAAAUUAAAUUGAACUAUGGUGGACAAAUAAAGCAGGCGAUUUGAUUCAACCGAGAUGCCGAUAAACUCUCGCCAUAGAGAUGACACAUGGACGCUUUGCAUGAUUCUCAUCUAAUGUGUUUUCCUUUAUCAUUGCUUCAUUUAUUUGCAUGGUUGGUCGCAUUCCAGUGUUUGUGGGUGGGGUCUGUGUCCUAAAUGGGUGGAGCCUUCUUGGACUGCUUUGUUUCCUGUGCCCAAUCAGAAGCCCCUGUGCCUCACUGAGGACCUACAGUGGUCUCCAGUGCAUCUGCCUGCCCUAUCACAGGGUUUUGCCACAACAGACAUACAGAAUCCAUAUGUAGAUACCACAGUCUCUGAAAAACGUGUUAAUGUCUCUCAAUAUGGGGCACUUGUUAGUCGAGCUCUUAGCAGUGGUGGGAAUCUCUGUGUUUUUGUUGUAAAAUACACUUUUCAUGACGCAUAUGUCAGUGUAGCUUUUAUAGAUGAGUCUAUUCUGAAAAAAAAAGUGUUCGUUUGUUUCAAAGUAACCCUGUUCAGUCACCAAAACAAGACUUGUCAUAUUAACAUUCGUCUUUAUGUGGUGUAAGUUCUGCAAAAAAGAGAGAAUGUGAAACGCUACAGGACUUUUUUAUGUAAAACAUUGAUCAUUUGAAUAUUAUCGACAUGUUUCUAUUUGUUUAGUUGUUUAGUAGUUCAAGAUUUCAUGAGAAAACAAGUAUUAUCUGUAAAAACAAACUGCUUUUUAUCACAAAAACUGCUUUUUCAGCUUUUAUUUUCUUUAUUUGAAUGAAUUUACUUAUAAACUUAACCAUCCAUCCAUUAUGGAGAGGUGCUUGGGAAUCCACUUUUUCAAUUUCUACUAAUUCUUUUCUACUUGUAAAACUUUGUUUGCUUGUUUUAUGUGCAUAAAUUAAAA